AUUAUAAGACGCUGAGUUUUCGGCCCAUACCAAUUUAAAAGCCCGUGGUUCCAUUUUAUGUUUUGUUGUUUUAUUUUUCAGCCUUCAUUGCUUUUCAAUUUGACAUGAUCGACGACGAGGCAUCGAAUUGAAGUGUGGCUCUUUGCUGCAUCGUUGUACACAGUAUUCUGUAAUUGGAAUGGAUUCUCUGCAUCAUUGAUUAUUAUGAUAUGAGCAAUAUGAUGAUGUGUUGUACAUUCCUACAGUAUUGAUAGCUAGUAACAACUCUUCUCCUAUAAGCUCUUCUACAAAAGCUCAUCCAAACGGCCCUUAGUGACCCAAGAAAAUUCAGUUUGCAAAGAUUUCUGCUUGUUGCAUUUGAAGCCAUCUGAGGCCAUUGUGGACUGCCAUCUGAAGUCAUUAACUGUCAUUAGGAAGUGAAAGCAAUAAGCAUCAAAAUGGAUAUAGCAGACAGAGCAGUCGGAUUUCUGUUAUCCUUUAUAAGCUUAUCGAUAUUUACUUAUUAUACUUUCUGGGUUAUCAUACUGCCAUUUGUGGAUGAUGAUCAUUUCGUGCAUAAGUACUUCUUACCCCAAGAGUAUGCCAUACUGAUACCAGUUUCUGCUGGUGUGGCACUUCUUUGCUUCUUAAGCAUAUUUGUUGGAUUCGUGAUGCUCAAAUCCAAAAAGAAGAAGGCUUAAUUUUUAUUGUCCAUUUAUUGCACAGUUUAUUCUAGGUUUUGAAACAGUGAACAUUUCAUACCAGUUAGCAAGUUAGCAACCGCUUUACCUUUUGUUUCCUCUUAAAAUCAAAGGUCAGUUUUCUUAGCUGUGUCUUCCAGUUAUGUAAGUUGUGUUUAUUUGUUUGUGUCUACAUUAAACUACAUGGGUGAGUGAAGUGAGCCAUGCUACAAAAUUUAGUUACUUGUCAAUAGUGUUAAUGUUAACAAAGAAAAAAGUGUGUACCCCUUUUAUUUUAUUUUA